CUGAAAACCAUGCAAACGUGUUACCUUGGAAGAACUCUGAUCUCCUGCUUACAGAAGAUUCUGUCAGGACCUACAGCAAAACAACUCCACAAAAAGAAGCACCUUCAGAACAAAGAUGAAUAUCGGGAAAGCUUACAGUGCUGCUAACAUCAGCAAUGGAACAGAUCUAGCUAUUGGUUUUACCUCUUCCACAGUAGCUGUCCUUCUAUUUGGGACAAACUUUGUGCCUGUCAAGAAAUUUGAUACUGGUGACGGCAUGUUCUUCCAGUGGAUUCUCUGUGCCUCCAUAUGGAUAGUUUCUUUGGUAGUCAAUUUGAUCCAGAAUUGCCCCCGGUUUUGGCCUCUGGCUAUGGUUGGAGGUUUUGUGUGGGCUACAGGCAAUGUUACAGUUGUCCCUAUUGUUAAAACUAUUGGCUUAGCUCUUGGCCUUUUGAUAUGGGCUUCUUUUAAUUUGCUGACAGGUUGGGCAAGUUCAAGGUUUGGUUGGUUUGGAAUUGACCCAGAAGAGGUGUCAAGACCAAUCUUAAAUUAUAUUGGAGCUGGACUGUCACUUAUAAGUGCUGUCAUAUUUCUUUUUAUAAAAACUGAAGUCCAGAGUUCUUCAGCUUCAUUAGAAAGCACACCUUUACUGAGAGAAAGUUCUAUUAAUGUUUCUGAAGAGACCACUGAGGACUCAUGGGAGAACAAACUUUCUCCAGCAAAAAGGAGACUCAUAGGCUGUAGCCUGGCUGUAGUAGCUGGAAUACUCUAUGGUUCCAGUUUUGUACCAGUACUUUACAUCAAGGACCAUGGAAGAAGAAAUGAAACUGUAUACACAGGAGCAAGUCAGUUUGAUUUAGAUUAUGUUUUUGCACACUUCAGUGGAAUAUUUCUUACAAGUACCAUCUACUUUUUGAUCUACUGUGCAGUCAGGAAAAAUAAGCCUUACGUUUAUCCCCAGGCCAUAUUACCAGGGUUUGUUUCUGGUGUGCUUUGGGCAAUAGCCAAUUGCUGCUGGUUCCUGGCCAAUCACUAUCUCAGUGCUGUCGUCAGCUUUCCAAUAAUUACUGCAGGUCCUGGCCUUGUUGCUGCAAUGUGGGGAGUCCUUGUAUUUAAGGAAAUCAAGGGAUUGAAAAACUACAUCUUACUGUCAGUAUCGUUUUGCAUCAUUUUGGCUGGAUCACUUUCCACAGCUUUUUCUAAAGUUUGAAAGGACCUUCUGGACCAGUAGAUGGUGCUAACGUUUAACUCAAAUAGAAAGACAGUGUUGGUAGAUCACAAUACAUAAUCAUUUUAAAAAUGUGUGUCCAACAUUUACCCUAACUUGCUUCAGCCAAGUGUAAAAUGAAAAACAUUUGGCAUGAAAGAAAAUCUGGAAAUACUUGUGUCUGUUUUUCUUGGAAUAGUAAGAAAAUCAAAGGACUUUAUUAAUCAAAGCUAAAUCAUUUUAUUGUUACUAAUUAUUAGGUUUUUUUCAUUCAGGUGCUAAACUUCAUGUCAUCAUAAAUUGCAGCUUACUGUUGCAAUGGUGGGUAGUGAUUUUGGUUUUAGUCUAUAAUACUGUAUGCAUUGCAAGCUGAUUUGUUUAUUAAAAUAUUUUCUUACUGACUUAAAUAUAUGUCUUGAAAUAUUCCUUGUGAAACUGAUACACAUGAAGAAAACAAAGUUUUUCUUUUAUUUAGAAGCA